AGUGUUUCGGUUUGCGCCGUUCGCACGCCACAGGGGGGCAAUCGGUGGCGGUUGGUGGGCGUUACUUGCUUCUGCGAGCGAACGGUGCAGCAGUGUCCAGCGCCCUGCCCGCUCCCCGCAGGGUUCUGCACACGGACUCGCCCGCCUUCGAGUCGUCCACGCUUCCCAGCGCUGCCCAAGAGCGUCAUGACCGAUGCACCCGUCUGAGGCCCAAAUGGCAGACCUCCGCCUGGCCCCUGAGACUGCUCAGUCACCCCUGCAGAAUGGCUACGCCUCUUGCAAUGGCUCGGGCGGAUUCCUUGCCACGGACCAGCCGCAGCCCAAGUCGCCCGUUGAGCCACAGGCCGAGCCCUCUCCAGAGCCGCAGCCAGUGGCAGGGCCACGAGCACAGCCCCAGACUCGACCGGAGACGGAUUCAGAGCCACAGAUGAAGGAGGUGCCAAAGCCAGAGCCACAGCUGCAGUUGCAGCCACAGCCCAAGCCAGUUGUUUGCGGUACGACCGUCAUCGCCAGCGGGCCUAGGAGAAGCGCUUCGGAUGGAGCUAUGCGGGAUAUUGCUGCUGUGGGCAGGCAGAGUCCCCCAGCGUCCGUGGAGCGAGCUCGCAGCCACUCGGACUCGGACGAACGAGUGGCGAUGCUGCGGGCACGCAUUGGCCGACGCUUUGAGCAGCUCGAGGAAGAUCGCCGGGCGGCGCUGCGGAGUUCCCGGGUGACCCAGAGCAGCUCGGCCAGUUCGACCACGACGGAGGGCCCCGACACGCCCACUCCGCUACACGACCUCUGCUCUCCCGGGGAGCCCUGCGAGAGCCUCCGGUGGGGCAGCGCCUCCCGGCCUCGAAGCGUUUCGGUGGCCGAAGUCAAGGAACUGGCGUACGCCAGGCUCCAGGCGGAGCUGUCUCGUGCCCAGCAGGAGCUGAAGUUGAAGGACGAAGAAGUUGCUCGGCUCAGCCAGAUCAGGGACGAAGUCGGGGCAGAACUGGAGGAACUCACGGCCAGUCUUUUUGAGGAGGCCAACAACAUGGUUCGUGAGGCCAACAUCAAGCAGGCUACAGCAGAGAGGAGGUUGCAGGAGUGCAGCCUCAAGACGGAGGUGCUGCAGGCGGAGGUGCAGGCCCUGAAGGCGCUGGUGCUCACGUCGACGCCCUCUCGCCCCAACGCGCACCUGCACCCUCAGCUGGGGGCUCGGAAGCACCGGAGGUCUCCCUCCAACUACGAGCUGGCCACCCGGCCCCCGUCCCCCCCGGGAGGCCCCGCUUCCCCGCCCCCCGCCCCCCUGCACAACGGGAGCCAGGACGACUGCCUCGAGCUGGCACCAGAUGCCUGCGAGGUGGAUCCAGUGUACCAUCGGGAGUUUGUCUCCUGGAGGCAGAACCCUGGCCUGGACCCCAAAGACCCGUUCCUGGCACGCAUCUACCAGGAGGACAUCCUGCCCUGCCUUCACUUUGCCACUCAGCAGCUAAGCCAAGAGGUCCUGAGGGCCAUCGAGGACAACUGCAUCACCAUUGAAGCAGUCACAGGCAGCAAUCCUUUCCCCAAGAAGUGCUCCCUCCUGGACGCUCCCCGGCUCUGCAAGUACCGCAUGCGCCUGGGGGACUCGUCUUCCUGGCACUACAUCUCACAGCUCUGCAGGAACAGGAUAACCUCAGUCUGCGACCUGUUCUGCUACCUUAGGUACAUCCAACAAGGACUCGUUCGGAACAGCAUUCACGAAGUGUACUGGGAGGUGAUCCGAAGACGGAGGUGUAUAGCACUGGCCCGGCUCGGGAUCGGACCCUCCUCGUCCUAGAACGGCCAGCAGCGGAAGUGCCGCAGCUGGCCCUGGCAGUGCCGCAGCCGAUCCCGGAAGUGCCCCAGCCAGCUUUGGAAGUGCCACAGCCGAUCCCGAAAAAGCCGCAGCCACUCCUCGGAGCACAGCAGCCAUUUAUGGCAGUGCCCCAGCUGAUUCUGGCAGUGCCGCAGCUGAUCCUGGAAUUGCCGCAGCCAAUCUUGGAAGUGCUGCAACCGAUCCUGGAAGUGCCACAGCUGAUCCCGAAAGAGCCGCAGCCACUCCUUGGAGUACAGCGGCCAUUUCUGGUAGUGCCGCAGCUGAUCCUGGCAGUGCCGCAGUCACCACCCGCUCCGGAACUCGCUUUGUCCCUCUUCGCCUGGAGCAUAUACGUCUUUUGUAUAGACAUGAGAAACAUUCUUUUAGGUUUCUCGAAUAUUUUUUCUUUCCUAGCAAGUGCAGCUUGCAGCUAGGUUCGCUGUCGUCUUAGACUCUACUUUAAUGGGAGGGGCAAAUCUCACCUCGCUGUGCCACUACCGCUUGGCAUGCAAGAUGUGCAUCUUUGCAUAUAUGAUGUGCACCUAGCAUGUAUGACAUGCAGCUUUGCAUGUGAAAUGUGCAGCUUUCCCAUGUACGAUGUGCACCUUUGCGAUUUCAUCGCACAGGCUGCAGAAACGUCAGGUGGUAUCACCUCCAUCGUUUUGGCCAAAGGGCGCAUUGAAAUACAAAAAAAUGGCCAUUCUUUAGAGAAGACGGUUCUUGCCCAAGGCACAAUUCGUAACUUGGAUGUCCCCUGUUUUUUUCCCAACUACUUAGGGCAAUUUCUCGGAGUGUCGCCAUGUCCGAUUGAUCGCUGGAGUAAUUUGUUUUAUCAUAUUUAUACAUUGCUGAGUGUACUUUUUCGGAGUGCAAGACUGCCUAGUUUUAAAAAUAUUUUGGCCGGUGACGGUGCAUGGCGUAGGUUACGCAGUAACCAACUCUUCCUCUCAUCUGACCUCGGUGAGACAAUAGUGGAGCCGGUGGAUAAAGUAUUUUAAUACACUAAACGUACAUAGAGCGUGGGAAAUGUCUAAAAGAUCUUGGGCUUCAUGUCCUUUGUUUUUGAUCUUUACACGAUGAAUGUUUGGCAGACCUCCGAAGUAAAUAGGUUGAGGUACUCAAAUGUUGGUCUACAUUUUGUGUAGCAAGGCCAUAUGCAAGCAGCAUACCUACGAAAUGCCCGAGUGGGCAAGGUGGUGAUAACUAUGGGGCCCUAAAAUUCAGGAUUCAUGCCUUUCCUGGGGCCCCUGUAAAUGAGAAAUGAUUUUUUGUGCUCUAUGGAAGGAAAUGGGCACAUCAGUUCUGUGAGUCUGAAAGGCACAAGGUUAGGAUCUCUGAAGUGAUGACUGAAGUACUGACUUGUGCACUGACAGGGUUACUUUUUUUCUUAUUGAAAGAAAAAUGUGCGAUUGUAUUUUUAGCACAGGGAGCGACGACAUCAUGCUUGUGUGGUAAAAUUUCUCAGGGUGCUUUUUAUAUUUGAUAAAAUCAAACUUUGUUGUCACUGAAGACCUUUAUGAUUGAAAUGGGGGAGGGGGAACAUCUUUUACCAAUUAUUUUUAGAAAAUCAUUACUUACGACAAUUCCUUUUACAUUCUUGUUUAUUUUGAACUCCUUGUUUAUUUCUGACAAUGAAUAUAAGUUUUCUAGGUUCAGUCAACUCUGCUCUAUUAUCAGAACUUUGAAUUAUAAGGAAAGGGAAACAUUGUGAAAGCAGUUUGUGGAUAGAAACACUAGUACAAGCACUAGGUAAAUCUUGCCACAGGGCUGGAAAUACAUUUCAGGUGGCCUCUUGCACGGCAGAGUAGAAUGUAAGAUAAGAAAUGGUUAUGGGUGUCGCAGUGUAUAGAGCUACCAUCCAAACUGUCCAGAUUCUUUGAGAAUGGAAUUCUUGCUAUUUACGUAUUGCAGUAGUGCCAUUCGCAUGAUUCAUUUGGUUUGACACCAAAGCUAGCUCUCUUAGCUUUGGGUACCAUUGUUUAUAUAAAAUUUUACAUGAGAGACAGCCACCCCGAUGUUCAAAGCUUGACUGAAUUGACCUAAAGUAUGGGCGAUUUGAGUUUGAAUUGAUGAGUGCCCAAUUUACAUUUUGACAUUCUGAAUGGAAUUGUAUUCACAAUUUGUUCCAAUGUUGCAUUAGGAACAGCUUGUUUGAUGGGAGUUCUGGUCUGCUCCAGCAAUUUAUACUUCCCUUGGAUUUUAGUAACCUAUGGAUUGUGAAACGACACAGUAUAGAUGGUAUUUGUACUUUGGCACUCUUAAAUUUUCAAGAGCUGGUGAUAUUUCAGUGGCUUUGGUCAGUAUGACCAUAUGUGAAAUAUGAGCAAUGUUGUCUUUUGGUGAAUUUGGGUGGUCAAAGGCUGGCAUAACAUGCCACUCACUUUGCUGGAGCAUAGAAUGCCAGCCACUGGCUCUUCUAUUUGCUUACGUCCCACAUGGUGCCUCUAUCUUGUUUUUUGUUAACUUCUGUGCAUUCAUUUAUGUCACAUUGAACAUAUCGUACAUGUCAUGGACAGAAUCUCCACUCUCAUGUCACAUUGGACAGAUUGUGCAUGUCACUGAUAGAAUAUACUAGAGUGGCAUCAGCAUCUCUGACCUUUAUGAAUACAUACAGAGUGUUGUCCACAUCCCUGAUGUUUUUUGACACAAGCAGUGUCAUUUGUUCAAAAUAUUGGCAUUAGCUCAGUUCCUAGACAUUACAAGAAUGCUUAAUUCUUGUAAUGAUGAUGCAAUGGUGCAAUGAUUUUAAGGUGAAAGCCUUACUUGCCCCAUUAUGCGAAAAGCUGGCGGCAUUGUGCCCGAAGAUAAAAAAAAGACAUAUCAUCAAGCACCAUCAUCAAAAAUAAAACACAAAGAACAGUAUAGCAAUGCAGAUGCCUCGUCACGGUAGCCGGCAGGGUGCUCAAGGUCAAAGCGGACACGCCAAAGAAACAAAAUGCAAAGAAAAGCACAGCAACGUAGAUGCUUCGUCAUGGUAGCCGUGGAGCCGGCAAGGGCGUCUCGUCUGCACGGUAGGGAAGCGGGAUGUCACCGACGGACGACAGCUCAAGCAAAAGGAAGACACACGCACGGACUGAAUACAAUGCCGGCAGAAACAACUUUAAUACGUGUAGAAAUAUUACUCGAAAGUGUUUCACCCGUGGGACUAUAAUGUUUUCGCAUUCCUACGGGGAAGCAGUCUUAAGUGUCUUUGGCAAAUUUUUGCACUUUUAUCAAAUACCAUGGCAAAGAAGCUUCUUGAUUAGAGUCAUUGCAUGCAAGUAUACUUCUGUCACACUAGUGUCAGUAAGCUUGUAUGAAGUGAGAAGCAUUUAAACCCAAUAUCAUUUCAUGGCCCCUUUAAAGGAAUACUGCAACAAAAUUCUAGCUCCUAUUGUGUUGUCUAGGUGUCAAACACAUUUUGGCUACACCACGGAAACACCAAGUUUAUGCUCGACGUCAACUGGCCCAUGCUGGGCCAGUUGACGUCACGCCUCCCGUGAUUCAUCACGCUCUCCAGUGGUCAAUCUUCAAGCGCUCUCUUGAAUCAGCCAUCUGGAACGAAAAAUGUAGCCGUCCAUUCAAAAUACAAGUGUGCGAUUGUCAUUAGCAGUUAGGGUUGAUCAUGUUUCACGUAUUUACAAAUGUGAUAGGUGUGUUUUAAGUUUCGAUUCAGUAUCUCUUUAAGGCAGGAUGGGGGGAUCAAGAAAAAUUUUUUUAUUUUAGGAGGAUCCUGAUAAAAAUUGGUUCGUACAGGUUUUGGUAAUGCCUCCAUGCUGAAACAAUGAAAAUAUCAUGGUCAUAUCUCAGUAUCUUUUUCAUUUACAACACUUUUCUGCUUCGAACAUACUGGUGGUGAGCCUUGCAGAGCUUAGAAAAUUUAAUAGAAGGCUCGUUAGAGUGGGGCUGCAUUCCCAAAUGUAUGCUGUGCUACGUGACAUUGGGGCAUUUUUUUUAUUUCUUGCAUAAUAUUUUUAGUUUGCAUUCUUCAUUACUUUGUUUGGAGUGGCACAAAUGGCAUACAGGUAAAGGACAACAUUAAAAACUCAAGAAGAAAUAACUUGAAAAACUGAGAACAUCACAAAGUGGAGUGUAACUAAAAGAGUAUAAUAAAACAAAUGGAACAAAAAUAGUCCAAAUGAUUGCCAAGGUACAACCUCCAGGAGCAAAACAAUGUAAAAAAUACAGCUCUAAGAAAUGCGCUUUAAAGUGUACCUCAUUUCCUGAGCUAGUGUUAGUUAUUAUUUAUAGUUACAGAUCGCGAAGAAACGGUACCGAGAUCAUCGGAAAAACAUUUUUUGAACAUUUUCUGCAAGUUGAUUUCCACAUUCCUCCUUAAUAGGAUGUCCAUGACACGACAGACAAAUCACUGAAGGCCUCACCACUCUUUGCAUACUCUUGCAACAUUGACUAGAUUUUUUGUUUUGUUUUUAUUGUGAAAUGUUUAGGGCCGGCUUUUUAGAUUAACUAAAGCCACAAAAAACAUAACUGUGAGUUAGUUGAGUUAACACCACUAACUCUAACUAACACUAACCUCCAACUCCACUAAACACUUAGUCUAACGCUAGUGGUUUAGCUCCACUAGCGCUAAACCAACAAUGUUUCACGUAGCAACACAAUUGCAGGCAAUUUGCUAUAGACCAACACAUGGCUCUGACGUCACGCCUCUGGGUGGCGCUGUUGUCACUGCGCAUGCACAGAAGCUUUACCUCAAGCGAGUCUGGUUUCUGCACUGGCACAGUGCCCAUACCUGGUGGGGGCAAAUGCGGGCUUGUUUGGAAACAGCGUGUCGGUCUCUGCUUUCUCUUUUGCUCUCUGUCUCCCUCAAUUCAUUCAGCUCCUCAUUCUUUAUUUGCCUCUUUUUACGAGAACUGCGUUAAAAUCUUGUUGAUAUUUCUACCAGUUUUGACCUGGUCCUACCUCUUUGCAAAUACUACUUUUGUGUUGCAUAUUGAAGUGCAAGGUGUGCUGCCCUUGGCACCAGUCAGAUUGUUCCCUUAAUUUCUAAAGCUUGCAUGAUCUUGUGUACCUUACAGUCCCUUUUUCAUGAAAUGAAAAAGGGACAAUAAGACAGACAUUAUCAUGCAAGCAUUUGAGAUCCUAAACCAAAUUUGACCAUUUUAUAAGGAAAAUCUCAUUUCUUUUAGUAAUUAUAUGCUCUUGCAAUGCUCCUCCUCAAUAUUUUUUUACAUUUUAUCGGCAGACUUGUGGCGUAUGUCCACCGAUACAAGGCCAUAUUUCGUUCUUAUGUUGCCCUAGGAACUAUAGUGCAGUUGAAUGUGCUCAUUCAGUGCAGCGACUUAGGCGGUAAUAUUUUGUGUUUUUUUAAUGUCUUGUCUCGAGUAAAGUGUGAAGAAAUGCUAGUGUUUGUGCUACCUGCGUAGCAUAGUUAACUUUGCCUUCCUUGAUGGCUUCACUUGCAUCUCUUACCAAUUGCCAGUGAGCUUAGUUUCGUUUUGUGGCCUUUUCCAAUGUAGAUGGAACACAUUGUACAAUCUGUCUAACAAUCUGCCCGGCAUCUUGGAGCUCUUGUAGAAAACAAUUGCGGCAAAUCCAAACCACUGGAGCUUACAAAAAAAGUGAUGUGCACUUGCUAUCCUUUGUCUAUUGGAAGACCUUGUCGAAGACCUUGGAAAUAUAUUUUACUGAAAAAUGACCACCCCAAUUCACCAUUAAGAAACAUUUCACCAAUAUUGGUGCUGCUUGAAUGCCAUUCUCAAAAAUCAUGUGAGCUAUUUACAUUUCUUUAAUUUUUGCUGGUGCUAAAUGCCCGUGUUAUUAAGGAGAUAGCGAAGCGAUACAUGCGUUUAAUUUUUGUCGCCUAUUUUUGGUCCACUUCUGUCCUAGGCACAAAGCUUUUGGUGGAAAAUUCAAGGGGAAAACAUAGAUUUAGUCAGGUAAAUGCUGCAAAACUACCUGUUACAUGACAUUGUAAGUGUCGUUUUGGAAAUAUUUCGUCAUGGGUGCUACCACAUUUCAGCUCGUGUGGUAAAGUAAAUUAACUACUGUAUGUUGCAAUUUAAACAUACUACUGGUUUGUGGGACUAGUCAUCCUUUUUCGCACAUGUAUAGGCUUCUUGAUAAUGCAAACACUGUGGUGUCUUUGCGGUCACCUUUAAGCUGUACAUUUCCUGUAAAUUUGUUUGUACAGGUCAUAGAAGCAGAUGUCCUAGAUGGUCCCCCAGUAGUUUUCCCAGUUGUGAUGGCUUUUCAGUGUGCAAAUUUAGUGCAUUUAAGGUCAGGCCUAUCCACUGAAGUGUAUAAAAUACUGUUGAUACUUGUUGAAGUGCGGUGUUAUGCUUGCUUCGUUAAAUUGUGCUGUUGAUGCAUAAAAGCCAGAGCUUCAGCCCUGGAAUCCUGGGCUACAGUUAGGGUUGGACGUUUGUGGGAAAAAGCCUGACCUGACCUGAUAAACAAAACCGGUCAAGAUAUAUAUAAACUUAGUUUCUCCCCUUAUUAAAACGAGGCACUCUAAAGCUAUCUUACUAUAUCAAAUAGCUUAAUUUCUUUUGAUGCAGAUGGCAGAAUGUGCAUGUGCAGCUAUGAGGGGAAAAAGUCACAACGGUGAACUUGCGUCUGGUUGCAACUGAAUGCGUUGUGCAGCCUUGUGCUUGCUUUCGACUAGAGAACACACUGGCGCAUUCUAUCGAGUACACUUGCGAUUCGCUAAUUUUUGGCGCAUCAUUCUUUCAUCAUUGACUUUAAAAGCUUGACAAUAUAAACUAUGAUUUCUUAUAGGUAUUACGUAUAUUUCAUCCCGAGAGUGCUGCAAAACCUUCAUUUUAGUUGAAUGCACUUCCAGAGCUACCUCAUAGAGGGCACCAGUCUGCACAAGACCGUGCAACACUUUCAGUUGCAACCAACCGAAAGUGUUUGGACCAACCUUAAAGUGCGCAAAAAGGCGAAAAAGAAACUGUUCAAUGUGCUUUCUGUUAUAAACAAUUCAACUAAUUUGAGUGUAGGGACCAGAUAGCCCCACUUCGCAAGGCCGAAGUUCAAGAGGUUUUUACGGGAAGGCAGGGACCGUGUGCUCUCUACUUUUUUGUAACCCGCACUUCUGACAGUGACAUCUUUGGCUUUGAUUUGCUUGUGGCCUACUAUUGGCCCUAAUCUGUGCCAACGUUCCUGCUGCUCAAUUCACUCGGGAAUUAUUCAAGCUCAACAUGUCUCGAAAAGAAAUUAAAUCGUCCUACGACAGUUCUUGCUUUCCUGGCAAUUCUAAUUGCAGCAGCCUCAGAACUUACGUGUGUUUUAAUGGCGAUAUUUUCUGAAAGCGAGAAUCCUGUGCCCGUAGCUUUAUAUUUGGCAGUUGCUUCUGCUCGCGGUUAAUUAGUGCAGCCAACGUGCGUUUUUAGCGAAGUGCUCGCGCCUGCAGCCUAGAAGCGGAAUUGUCGUACGGAUGAUCACUAGAACAAAAAGCUGGAAAGCAAAAAUAAAAACACAGCAAAUGAAAACAAAGUAGUAUUAACAAUAUGAAUACGUUAGUAAGAGGAGAGCGACGUUUGAAGUGGAAAUGAAUCGGCGACCGGCUGCGGCCCGCGAGCAGAGUGUUUGUGGUCCCCCGCUGCUCCCGAAGUCGUAAACAUCCCAGGCGCCUUUCGAAAAAAAUUUCUGGCUACGUCACUGGUGUGAUCCAACCUUCAGUGAUCGGCUUUUCUUGCGAUUUGCGAGCCUUUUAUCGGACAUCGAAAUCGGUGAUGCCGAAGUGUGUCCCACUUUAUUGGAAUGUAAGGCCCAGAAACCUCCAGCCUAUACAUUUGUAAGAUAUAUUGAAAGGCGUGUCUUGGCACAAGUCCUAGCUUCAACAGCUGAGUGUCGUGUGGCAGGGCGUAAAUAAAUCUUGACUUUUAGGUUAUGUUUGCGCACGUGAACACUUUUUCGGGUCUCGGGAGGCUGGCUUGCGAGUUGAUACAUUAGCUUGUGAAGAAGCAUAGAUGUGAUUGGCGGACUUGGUUGAAAGGUGUGAAGGGUGCUUGUACAUCUGUAAUAUAAUGUAAGGAUUGAAAAUUCACCUGCCUAUGCUACUACUUGUGGUAUUGGUUGUCUGGCUUUUAUUUACUCGCAGAAAAUGUCCGGGAAUAUGCACUGAAUGAAAUGUGUCAAAUCUGAGAUAAUAUAUUGUUCAAUAAAGGAUGUCCACUUGUCA